GGCGCCGUCUUGUUGAAACAAGUCAUCUUUCAAACUUUCUGUCAUCAAGUAGUCGGUUAUCAUCGCGCCAUAACGGUCGUCAUUGACGGUUACGUUCUCACCGGCAUAAUUUUUGUAGAAAUGUGGACCGAUGAUUUCACCGACCCACAAACCACAUCAAACCGUUGUUUUUUCUGGAUAAAAUUUCAACUCUUGAAUCUCUUCAGGUUGCUCUUCGUCCCAAAUGCGGAAAUUUUUCUUGUUUACAUACCCAUUGAGCCAGAAAUGGGUCUCAUCGCUGUGAUUCCGUGCUGUGAUUCGGACGUUCUGCGGGUACAUUACGUAAUAGCGUUUCAUUUUUAUAUCUAGUAAGAUAUCUCAAUAAGUCAUGACUCUUAAUUUGUUUUUUUUUGCCAGCGGUGUGGGAACUUCCUGUUUAUAAUAAUUUAAUCAGUGAAAAUUAGAAGCAGCAAUAUGAGUACUUUAGUUCACUUUUUAUUACAUUUAUUACUAAUCUAAAACUAGUCGAGAUAGAUAUAGAGUAAUAUACAGACACGAGUAUAUAAAUGAACAAAAUCACAAGGCGAUUUGAGUUCCUAGUGACUGUCUGUCCGUGCAAGCAAUAACUUAUUAUAUAUAUAGAAAUAAAAAUAUAUGGUUACACCCGAACGUAGCUCUUCCUUACUUGUUUUAUUUGAUAAUUUUUAGUAUUUCAAAAAUACCUUGCAACUUGAGAGAGUAUAAAAUGUUCGGUUACACCUAUUCUAGUUUCUAUGAGUUUGUUAAGACCGAAUUGACAAAUCUAACCGAAACUCUUGUGUAUGUGUGAUCGUUCAUCCCUUUCUUAUGCAUGGGGCUUAUGAACGGUGUGUAUUGGUUAGUUUCCACAGUCGUCGGUAGUCGUGAUUUGGUCGGAAGUGGUCCCUUAUACGAGUAGAUUGUGUAAUUAACAAAUAUAUGGCGCAAACACUGUCAAUUUCGCGAAUAUUGUCGGUAAAACUCAGAUCCGAUACUUCUUAAUUUGAUUAUUGAUUUAUUUAAACUAAGUAUUUACCUCAUUCUUAGUUUGUUGAAAAAUUGCAGUAGGCUAAAUUAUGUAAUUUAUAAGUUAUAUAUUCAUUAAGAUAAUAUGAACAUUAUCACAUUAGUUAAAAUACGAUGAUGGCAUCGGGAAGGUCGGAGAAUAGAUAUUGAUGUAAUGAAUCACAGUUGAUAUAUUAUGGUCAUAUACUACUGCUAACGAAUUAACUAUUGCUGCGCCAUUGAUCGGCGAUCAAAAUCUCCAUGAAUGUGAGUAAUGGGAUAAGCAGCAGAGUAACCUCCCUCCAUUAAAUAUGUUGUUAGUUUUGUUAACUUUUUAUAUGUAUAUAAAAAUAUAAUCAAUUGAUUAGCUCGCUAUACGCCCCUAAUUUAACAGUCACAUUCAGUCAGAAGAAAUAAAAAUUGUGUACAAGUAUUUUAAUAAUUUUAUUUGAUUCACAAAUAUUUUAAAUUUUUUUUUGGAAGACAUAAUCGGGAAUUAUUUUGAUUGCAGUUAUCAUAGUUUAUUAGCUUCAUGCUACAAGAUUCACCUUCGGUUUGAAGUACAAACUUUUCUAAAAGGAUUUCGGAAAUGGACACAUUCAAACCUCUGUCAUCCCAAGAACGUAAUAAAAGUUUGAUUGGAAUUGACUUGCACCUCUUUUAUAACGACAUUCUUUAGAAAUAAUUAUUUAACUGGUAACUGGAAAAAAGUACUUUUAUUGAAGUAGCGAGAUACGUAAAUAGUUAUUCACAGUUAUUCACUCUUCUUAUAUAAGAGAUGCUUCCUAACCCUUGCUUCCGUCAUAUUAGAUAGCGUGCCCAUAUUAUGACUUCCCUGACAGGUUUUGUGUAAUGCAUGAGUAUUAAAUGGUUUUUGGGUAAAAAUAAAUAAAUUAUUCAACUGCCUUGCACUGUGUACAGUAUUAAUGUAAUCCAACCAAACACAAAACUAUUAUUUAUCACAUACUAAUAUUUACAUAAGCAUAAAAUCUUGGCUGAACUGAUAUUUGUACACCAAAAGCAAAGGUUGUGUGUUCUCUGUCAAAUCUCUCUGUCAAUGGUGGUAUACGCCCCGGCGUCCGAAUAGGGUUGACAGGCAGAAAAUUAUUUUGUAAGGCUUAUCAAUUCCACUGGAAAGUGCAGCAACAAUUAAUUCUGCCUACAUUUUUACUUUGUUUGGUAUCGCUUUUGUUAGAUAUUUCCUUUCGAACCUCUUUGACUAAAAUUCAUUUUAGUUUCAAUUCGGCGCUGACUGUUGACAGAAGUGUGCUCGAAAGCUUCAAACGGAAACACGGGUAUUUCGUAUAGAGGUCUUUAUUCUGAAAAAAAAUUAGAGCUCAACGGGUUUAUUAGCGUUCUGGUCAAAAGUUAUCCUUUCCAAAAUGAACUUUAAAACCAAGUAAAAUUAUUUUACUUUUCGAAUUUAUUGCCGUCAACAGUUUUUAUUACAUAUUUUAAUAAUUUAUAUCUAUUCGGCUAUUUUCUACUGACACCACCAUUAAUAAUUUCAUUAAAACAUUUUGUGAGAAAUUAUUGCUUAUGUACAUAUGUAUCAAAAUUAUAUGAUUGAAUAUACAUAUGUACUUACAGUCAAAUUUUGCUUAACGUUAUCCGAUUACCACAUAAAUAUAUGAAUUUGUACGUCAAUACUUGUGUACUUAUGUAAAUUCUUUUUUGCUACCAAGUUACGAUGAUACAAUUUUUGGUAUUUAGGUCAAUAAAAGAAUUAAAAUGUAAUCGGAAAACUAAAUCUAACAGGUCACAAAAAAUCGAGAAAAAUGACUGGCUCAUCAUUAACAAAUUAAAAGUGCCUACGAAGGGCGUUUUUUAAAGUGUGUCAUUUCAGUGACGACUUGGAAAACACUCAAACUAACUGCAUAAAAUUUAAAAGAUAUAGAUACAGAUAAACGUACAUAUAGUACGCACACAUAUUUACAAAAAUUUAAGAGACUUACAAACGGUAUACAAAACCGAAGUGACAAAGCAGACGGUGGCAUAGCACCAGCCCGUGUUAAUGUUGGACGAAAGCAAUCACAUAAACUAAUUGGCUUAUUACUUUGUCUUUUUACAUGCGUCGCGUUGGGUAAAAGAAGAGCCGUAACAAAAAUACAAAAUUACGAAAAUAAUUUCAGUCAUUCGUUUUCAAAGAUUCGCGAGUGAAAGUGCUAGGAAAAUGUAGCUGCGACAAAAUUUUUAAAACAUUUCAUUAAAACCGUUAGAAAUACGUACGUGCAAUAAUACCUAAACAUACAUGUAUUUACAUCGGCCGUGUUGAUGUGUGUAUGCAUUCGGAAGUAACCAGAAAGUUGCCUACUUUUAGGCUGAUAUAAUUACAUGUAAUAUAUCGAAUGACCUGCGAUCCACAAACGUUACAAUGAAGCUUCUAAAGUAUAAUUCACGGCGGCACAGUUUCAAAGCUAAACAGCGCAGAACUGUGCUGCCUCCACAGUCUGCAACGGGCCGGCGCAGUAGUGGCAAUGGCGGUGGCCUGAACACGAUCAAUACACAAGCCCGCUAUAUACGCGCCGGAUACACGCCCACCGCUUUUAUACGUAACGGCAUCAUAGGUGGAGGAGAAGGUCCGGGUGCUAACGGUCUUUACCAAAUUGACGAUCGCAUUUACACCACAACGAAAAUGUUUUUGCGCGAUGCCUAUAUGUACCCUCGGCAAGCGGGACAAGCAAUGGAUCCGCGUUAUCCAUAUGAACUUCAUGAGUUUCCCGAGGAAACGGGUGCUGCUGGUCUGCAGUUAGUAACCACGCCUAAAGUGCAUAUUUCAGGCGAAUACUUGGCUAGCAGUAGUGCAGCUGCAACAGUGGAUAAAUGUAGGAAUGAAAACCACAAUAAUACUUCUUUAAGUCGUCGCAACGUUCGGAAAGCGGCCGCCGAAAUAAGUUUAGCAAACGAAAUGUACUUAAUACAGAAGCAGCGUUUAAAUGGUGAGACUAGUCGCUCGCGAGCUAGUAGUCUGGCUCGUAGUGUUGGCGAUAAGGAGGACAAAGAUAAAGGUUACAGUCACAAUGAACUUUCGGAAAAAUUUGAAAACUAUGAUGCAAGUGGACGGGGAUCCCCAUACUCCACUAUGUCGAAUCGACGUAGGAAAAAGGGUGAUCGUACAACAUGGGAAUACCACACAGUUUCUGUGACACGUGUUCCGGGUUAUGGGUUUGGUAUUGCAGUUUCAGGCGGUCGUGACAACCCACAUUUCGCCAACGGUGAUCCAUCUAUAGCUGUAAGCGACGUUCUUAAGGGUGGUCCUGCCGAAGAUCGUUUGCAAGUUAACGAUCGUAUAAUAUCGGUCAAUGGAGUGUCUUUAGAAAAUGUUGAAUAUGCUACUGCUGUACAAGUCUUAAGGGAUAGCGGCAACACCGUGGCGCUUGUGGUUAAACGACGUGUGCCUAUUAGUUCCAUCGCACAGAAUCAUCAUUCCCAUAGCAUGAGCUCGGUAGGAAUAGCUGCGUCGAAUGCAAACGGUGCACCAACUCAACCAGCGAGUUCGAUACCUAACACCGCCAGUCAAUCGAAUUCGCUGAAUACUACUUUUGUGCAAAACAAUACAUCGCAACCCAUCAAAGUUACCCUAUCAAAGAGCAGCAAAAAGGAUGACUAUGGCAUUGUGCUUGGCUGUAGAUUAUUCAUCAAAGAAAUUUCAACGAGAGCGCGUGACCAAUUAACGGCCAAUGGCUAUUCGCUGCAAGAAGGUGAUGUAAUUACGAGAAUACAUAACACAAAUUGUGGAGACACAAUGAAUUUGAAGGAGGCAAAAAAAAUUAUCGAUGGCUGUAAGGAACGUCUAAACUUGGUGGUUUUACGCGAUAUCACCAAUCAGGCGGUAACAGCAAUGACCAAUCAGUUAAAUAACUCAGCAACACAAUCGAAUUUAUAUAUGAGUCACCAAGCACAGAUUUCCAACUGCAGUAAUAAUUUGGAUGAUCCAUAUUUGGGAGGUGCAAAUUACUCAUCUCAGAAUUUAUAUGUUCAACCGCCAACUCGUUCGAUGAUGAAUGGUGUAGCAAAUGGAUUAAAUGACGAAAAAAGUAAUCUGACACCAAGGGGUCGUUCACGAGGCCCCAUCAUGGAUGGUGUUUCACUUUCACAGCUCGACCGUCCAGUAACCCCUCCAAAUAGUAACCGUACACGAACCGAUGAGCCUCCUCGACCACCUCCUCCUCGUGUCAGUGGUAAUGGAAACACAGAGGACUUUUAUAGUACACGUCGACAAGUAUUUGAGUCAGACCAAAUAGCACAUUCGCGACAAUCGUCGGAGCCACGAUUUAUAUCCUUCCAAAAAGAGGGAAGCGUGGGGAUACGACUGACGGGUGGAAACGAAUCUGGAAUAUUUGUAACGGCCGUUCAACCUGGUUCCCCAGCAUCUUUACAAGGACUUGCUCCUGGAGAUAAGAUCCUUAAAGUCAACGAUAUGGACAUGCAUGGUGUAACUCGUGAAGAAGCUGUUCUUUUUCUACUCAGCUUGCAAGAUCGCAUCGAUUUAAUUGUGCAAUUUUGUAAGGAUGAUUAUGAUGAGGUGGUGACGAAUCAACGUGGGGAUUCCUUUCACAUUAAAACACACUUUCACUGUGACAAUCCUUCGAAAGGUGAGAUGGCGUUCAAAGCCGGAGACGUUUUUCGUGUAAUCGAUACAUUACACAACGGUGUUGUUGGCUCAUGGCAAGUGCUGAAGAUAGGUAGAGGACACCAAGAGAUGCAGCGCGGUGUUAUCCCUAAUAAAUCCCGGGCUGAAGAGUUGGCAACAGCACAAUUUAAUGCAAACAAAAAAGAAAUGAAUUCAAAUGAAUCUCGCGGAAACUUUUUCAGAAGAAGGAGGUCUACUCAUCGUCGUUCUAAGAGCCUUUCUAGAGAAAAUUGGGAUGACGUUGUUUUUGCCGACAGCAUAUCAAAAUUUCCUGCAUAUGAACGAGUUGUUUUGCGUCACCCCGGAUUCGUUCGACCGCUUGUACUGUUUGGCCCAAUCUCUGAUUUAGCACGUGAAAAGCUUGCUAAGGAUUUCCGCGACAAGUUUUCUGUACCUCUACAAGAUGAUGAUAAGUCGAAUUCGAAAUGUCGAAUAGUGCGCUUGUCAAAUAUACGAGAUAUAAUGGAUCGCGGCAAACAUGCCCUACUGGAUAUAACUCCAAAUGCGGUUGACCGUCUAAACUAUGCGCAAUUCUAUCCGAUUGUUAUAUUUUUGAAGACUGACAGUAAACAUGUCAUUAAACAAUUGCGACAUGGAUUGCCUAAAUCGGCACACAAGAGCUCGAAAAAAUUGCUAGAACAAUGUCAAAAACUCGAACGCAUUUGGUCACAUAUAUUUAGCACCCAGAUUGUGUUGAACGAUGAGGAAUCAUGGUAUCGAAAGCUACGCGAUGCAAUUGAUCUGCAGCAAAGUGGAGCGGUGUGGAUGUCUGAGUCAAAGCCUAUUGAGUCCCUGUCCGAUGAUUUCCUCUUCCCAAUGACCACCUCCCGUUUAUCGUACGCAUCGAGUCCGGAAUCCGAUUUGGAAUUAAGUCCGGGACCAUCGACAUCAUUGUCCCUUGGCAAUUUGCCGCAAUUGGUUAAAUCGAGCUCAGAUCCGUCAAUUGCCACUAAUCAGGAUAACUUGGAUAGGGAUAGAGAUACAGUUGGUGAUGGACUACCACCUCCAUAUACGGUUCCUUACGAGCUUGCCGUUAAUGCACCUUCUAAUCGUCGACAAACCAUAGAAGCCAAUAAGUAUGAGACUUAUGCGACACGAUCAAGUAUAAUUGGUGCAAGCGGUGGAGUGACCGAUUCUUCAACAACACCUUCAGCACGUCCACAUUCUUUGUAUGGGAUGCAUGCGCCUGAUCUGCCACCGCGCAUCGAUCGUCAAUCGAAGCCAGGUCUGGGAGAGAUACCCCCACCUUCUAGAACAAAUAGUUCGGGUGGUACGUUGGGCCGAUCAGCUCAGGAACGUCUCUUCGCCAAAGCGAUCGUCAAUGAUGAAGUGCAAGCUGAAUACAUCUCUCGCAAUAUCAACGACUCAAUCGAUCGUCAACAUUCUUCAUUAGAGCGACAAGCCCUUCUCAAUGCAGCCAUAUCUACCCAACCAAGUAUGGGCAAUAAAGCAACACAGCCAAAUGCCAGUUCGUACGAUAGUAUGUCCAGUUAUGAUUCAUAUAAUGCUUCUCAAUUAACUGUACAAAAUCUAGGCAGGCUUGGGCCAAAUGCUCCCGAUGAUCUUAAGUCAGUGCCGAAUGCAAAUCGUCCGCUACCACCAGUUGGCAUUGGCUCUAAGGGUGUGGACUAUGCCCGCACCAAUCACGACCAUCGAAAUUUUUCAGGUCCCAAUGAUCUUAAUCGUCAAAGUCCGGCCAGAGCCACUUAUCAUGAAGCCAAUACAGCUAGAAAUAUCGAUUCCCGUAACGGGCAAUUGCAUAGAUCAUCUAAUUCGGGACUUGAGAACAGUCCACGUAAACCGGUAGUCGAAACAAAAACCGACUAUGGAAAAUAUAGCCGCAAUAACUCCGUUACGCAAGCUGAUUACAACAAAUUGCCGAAAAAUACACAUUUGAUUGUGCAGACAAAUGUAAACAAUAACACCAGUAAUGGAUCAUCGACAAAUGGUACUGGCCCUUUUAAACCAGUUCCACCACCCAAGCCGAAAAACUACCGCCCACCAAUGCAAGGAGGUAACAACACAGGACAGUGGGAAAGUGGGGACUCGAGCUCUCCGCGUUCACCAAAUGGAUUUUUCUAUUCGCCCAUGACAGCCUCUCAUCAUCAUUACUCCCAGCAAACACCUGGCUCACCAGGCCAUGGUAAUAAUAAUAACAACAACAUGCAACCAACAUAUAGCAGCGGUGGUAAUUACGUUCAACAGUCACAAUAUCCUGCACCUCCAGUUAACGGAUAUGUUGGUAACCACCACUACAACGGCGGCAGUGGUACAGGACCUUAUAUUGCUCCACAUCGUGGAAUGCCAGCUCCAAUUGGAAAUAUUCCCUCACAUACACCUGAACGAAACCCACUGGAUUUGGCCGGCAGUCGAGAGCAGCGGGGCUCCGCGUUUGAAUUAUAUCGCAAACCUCAAAUUGGUACAACAGGACACCAUCACAAUAUGAGCGAAAUGGAGCCAUAUGAAGAAAGAUUUGAAGGUUUUUAUGCGAUGUCACCACCUCCCCCGCCACCAGGUCAUCCAUGUUCACGUUCAAUCUCCAGUUACCCAGGUCAAAUUGCUCUACCCCAACUGUCAUCAAAUCAUAAUGCUGAUUGUUACACUUAUCAAAUGCCUCAACAGUGUUAUUUAGAAAAUAUAAUGCCUCCACCUUUACCACCGCACAAAACAAAAAAGAAAUCAGUAUUGAAAAGUCCUUUGGUGGCUAUUAAAAACGCUUUUAUAAAAACAACGAAGCCUUUAAGGCGCAUGAACAGUAUGGUUGAACCAGAACGGAGGCCGAAGUCAUCGAUUAAACGACAGCAUUCAAUGCUUGAACGUGGUAUGCAAAGACCUUAUUACCCAGAUGAAUAUCCCACAUAUCCAGCCGGAUUUGAGGAUCGAUAUUAUCAUGGGCCGCAGAGAAAUGGCAUGGUUUCCCAUAACAUGAUGCCAAGAGAACAGUAUUAUACACAACGAUACAAUGGUCAAUACCACCAUGACUUAGUAAAUAGUACAUAUCAAAAUUUAGAAAGUGAAGACAUAUACGGAAAUAUGGGUACGGUUCCUCGAAUGCAUAGAGGCUCGAGAGAAGAGUUCGCAACUUCUGAGCAUGAAGAUUUAUAUGAAAAUAGAGCUUUCAUAGAUUUGGAACGCCGACAAGCUGAGGCAAUAGCAGCUCGUAAUCCAAAUGGCCGGAAUAUAAUACGACGGCAUAGUACCACAACUGCCGACCGUAUUGGUAGUAAAAGACCAAUUAUUGAUUCUUCCAUUGGGUCAGACUAUGACCAGGGCGUAUACCAAAGUAAAGUGGAUGCUUUUAAUUCACAAAAUCAACGUAGAGCUCCAAAUUCAGAAGUUAUGGCACGCAGGCAUUUUUAUAGUUCGACCGUAAAGGAAAUGGUAGAGCCAACUUAUCAAUACCGCAGGGAUCUGCCACGUGACAUUCGACGAAAUCAACCGAACGAAUUCAAAAAAGAGAUUCAGGAACGAAUUAAUAAAGAAAAACUAAACAGGGAGCAAGGUUGCAGUCCACAUAGUAGUAGUCAAUCAGAGCGUGAUGACAAAUCCGAACGUGAAUCAAUUUACCAAAGUAGACGAGACAUCAAAGAUUGUGCUUUCAAAACACGUGCUCAAUUAAGAGAGCAAAUUUACCAAACUCGUCGCGAAGCGUUGGACAGCAUGGCAGAACCAAUAUAUGUUUCAAAAAAAAAGGAGACUGUACGUCCAGAGCCUAUCUAUGAAACAAAGGAAGAAAGUAUUUUGCAAUCACGUGAAAACGAGACUGAUGAGAAGAAAGAAGAAAAUACAGAUUGUACGUAUUCUGAAGCAAAUCAGAUGAAUGAAUUAAGUCGAUCAGACCUACAGAAGUCUUUAGAUACAGUAAUUGAAAAUACAGUAAUACAAUCGACCAAUCCUCCAGAAACUAAAGCCCCUCUUGUUCAAAGUGAGGAUAUAGAUGAGGAUUUAGAUGGCACAGAUAACGACGAGACAACAUUGUGCCAACUUCCCACCAACGAAUUAAAAGAAAGCGAUGCAGUAAUACAAACAUCAAGUAACGAGUCGAGUGAGUUCUUAGACGAAGUAUUUGAAACUUUUCCUUUAGUUGUAGAGGGGCCACCAAUAAAACCUUUAGAUCCACCACAACCUACUAAAUGUAUAAACACUCGUCCACCACGUGCACCAUUUCAUAUUUCAAAUAUUUUAAAACGCACUGGACCUCCACCUAACGCUGCUAUGGCAGACAGCCGUACAUCUUUAGAAACUCAAUACACAUCACAAGCAAGUUUACCUGUAGGUCCACCAAAAGCAAGUAGUACACCUUAUACGAGUAACAUGUCGUUACCGAUAGCCGGGCCUAUACCUACAACUGCUGCGCCUAUUCCAACUACAUCACCGACAGGUACAUUUCCAUCCAUCCCAGGUGAGCCCACGACCACUCGUGGAAUCUUUGAUUCGAAUGGAGGAUCGCUAGUAGACGCUGUUUGGAAUGUUUCUCUCCAAAUACCACCGGGCGCCAUCCCAACUGGCGUGAGACAAGAAAUAUAUUUCACAGUUAGUGAUCCAAGGUUGGGAGAAGCCGUUGGUGGACCGCCACUGGAUAUGGAAAACGGUGAAACAAUGUUGUCUCCCUUAGUAAUGUGUGGUCCACAAGGGCUUGAAUUUCUAGUGCCAGUAACACUUAACAUUCCACACUGUGCGGGUAGAACAGCAUCGUUGGGAUUGGCGUUGAAAGCGACCGACAGCGAGAAAAACUUACAUACGGAGUGGGACAACAUCGAUUUACCAAGCAACGCAGCUGCUCAUACAGUCUCGGUGAAAGUGGAUCAUUUCUAGAAUAUCAAAUUAUAUAUUUAAUUUAAGACGCAAAUAUCAUAUUUAUUUAUAAGAGUCAUUAUAUUAAAAUUAAUCCACCAAUAAUAAGUAUACGCAAAUCCGUAAUUACAGAGUUUGUUUGUAAAUAACAAAAUAUUUUUAUACAUACAAUAUAAUGUGUUUGCAAUAUGCAGAAAAGUGCAUAAAUAUGUGUGCCUUUAAAUUGGUAUUUUAACAUAUUAAUAUAUGCCUAGAUUUCAUAAAAUAUGUUACGGCCCAAAAUGUGUAUAGUUGCUAAAACGAUUUCAUUAAUAUAAGGGCAAUAGACAAUUUUAAGGUUCUCUUCAUAAGCAUAAUCUACUCGGAAAAUAUUGUUCAUUUGUAUUACUCCGUAGAUAAUGCUAAAUACAUAGAUAUGUAUGUAUAUAAUAUGCCUUCAAUCAAUAUCAAUAAUAUAUGCGUAUUUACAUACGAUUUUAAUGGUUAACUUAUUUUGAAGAUAAAUACUAAACAUCUUAUAUCAUUUUUUUCAUAAUAAAAUACAUUGGCAGGAAAUUGAAUCCUUUCAAAACCAUUUCUAUUAUCCAUAAAA